AUGUUCGACUUGAUAGCCUCAAUUUUACCGCCGGACAAAAAUAAUCCUAAAUUGACUGUAAGAUUAAGAAAUUGCCCUCCUUCAUCCAAAACCAAGUCAUCAACUGUUUGUUUUACUUUUACAGGUGGUGGAAGAAACCUAUUGUCUAGUAAUCUAAAUAGGCCACUUCUUGGACGACAGCAUGCUGUAUUUCUACAUUUUACAAUUUGAAGCAAGUAUUGACUCUCACGCAUAUGUUCUGAAUACCAUUUAAUGUCCGGAAAAUCAGGAAGAUCUUGUUCACCUGCCCCAAC